AUGCCAACCACCGAAGAGAACAUUCAGUUCCUCUACCUCAUCCUUACGCAAGGCGGCGCUCCCACGGUUGACUGGCACCCCAUCUGCGCUGCUCUCAGCUUGGAGAAGGGCGCAGUCACCAAGCGAUGGUCGCGUCUUAAGCAGGCAAUGGAGAAGGGUGAGAAGCCUGCUGAGUCCAACUACGAGUUCCUGUGGCUCAUGGUCACACACUCCACGCGCGACAAGAAGUACGACUGGGAUGCCAUCGCGCAGGCCUGCAAUAGCACCAAAGGCGCCUGCUCUAAGCGCUACUCCCGCAUGAAGCUCGCUAUUGAGCGCGGCGACGCCCCACCUUCUACUCCUCUCAAGAGCAAGAAGGAUGCCGCCGCCACUCCCAAGACGACGCCCGCGAGAAUCGAGGUCAAGUCCGAGGAAGAUGACGCAGGUACACCCACUCCGACACCCAAGCGCAAGCGCGCGCUGGCCAAGAACUACACCGAGGCCGAAGACGACGAGGACGAGCAGGAUGAGAAGCUCAAGCGAGCGAAGUCGACUCCAAAGUCCAAGCCCCGCCCCACGAACGCUUUCCGCGCGAGUGACGAGAGGGACACCGAGGAGGCAUCCACCACCAUCCAGGGCGAACCUUUCGACGAGGAUGGCGAUGUCUUCACCGACGCUCUUGAGCACGCUUCUGCUGACGUGGCCGACGAGGGCGAGCUCGACGAAGUCUCGUCUACCUCCAUCUUCUCGGACAAGUUCACAAAUGCGCAAGAGAUGGCUGACGUGUUGGUGAAUAGUCAGACGCCCCCCACCAGCGAGCAGCGCACCGAAGCAGAGGGCAUAUCGAAGGUGUUGGACGACUUUGUGUAA